AUGGCUUCAGUAUACGAUAGGUUAGGCGAGCAUUCAAAAGCACUUUCAUCUUAUGAAAAAGCACUUGAAAUCAAACGAAAAUCUCUUCCUGAAAAUCAUCCUUCAUUAGCAACUUCUUAUAACAACAUCGCUAAAAUGCAUUAUAAUAUAGGACAUAACACUGAAGCACUUUCAUUUUUUCAAAAAGCACGUGAAAUCUAUGAAAAGAUUCCUACUGAGAAUCAUCCUUCUUUGAUAAACUGUUACAACAAUAUCGGUGAAGUGUAUCGAAGUAUGGGAGACUACCUACAAGCACUUUCAUCUCAUACAGAAACACUUGAAAAACGAGAAAAAUAUCUUCCAUCCAAUCAUCCUGAUUUGGCUCAGUCAUAUAAUAACAUUGGUUUAGUACAUCACAACAUGGGACAAUACUCUAAAGCACUUUCUUUUCAUCAGAAAGCACUCGAGAUUCGAAAAGAGACUCUUCCAGAUAAUCAUUCUGAUGUGACUCAGUCCUAUAAUAAUGUUGGUUCAGUACAUCACAGCAUGAGAAACUACCCUAAAGCACUUAAUUUUUAUCAGAAAGCACUCGAUAUUCGAAAAAAGACGCCUACUCCAAACUAUUCUGAUUUGGCUAAUUCUUAUAACAAUAUCGGUGGAGUAUUAGACGAUCAAGGAAAUUAUUUAAACGCAAUUGAGUUUUACAACAAAGCGCUAGAGAUUCAUGCAAAAAUUGUUCCAUCAAAUUCCUGUUUUAUUGCUUAUGCCUAUAACAACAUUGGUGAAGCCUACCGAAACCUGAAGAAGUAUUCUGAAGCACUUCACUAUCAUCAGAAAGCACUCGAAAUUCGAAAGAACAAUCUUCAAGAAAACCAUUCCGAUUUAGCUCAAUCUGGCAACAAUAUUGGUUUAGUGUAUCACCAGAUGAAACAAAAUUCUAAAGCACUUAAAUUCCUUCAGAAAGCACUGGAAAUUCGAGAAAAGACUCUUACUCCAAAUCAUCCAGACGUGGCUAAUUCAUAUAAUAACAUUGCUUCAGUGUUUGAUGAUCUGAAGAAGUACUCAAAAGCACUUUUGUUUUAUCACAAGGCGCUCGAAAUCUACAAAAAUACUCUUCCUCCCAAUCAUUCUUCUUUUGCUACAUCUUGGAACAAUAUUGGUUCAGUUUAUUAUAAUAUCGAAAACUAUUCAGAGGCACUUGCAUCGUUUGAACGUGCUCUAGACAUAUGGCAACAUUCAUUACCUGCUGAUCAUCCUUAUAUUCAAACUGUACGCAAAAACAUAGAACGCGUUAAAAGCUAUUAUAAAUGA